CUCAUCAACUCGGACCUGGGGUUUCCAUGCAGGACGGUGGAGACGGCCACAGACACCAUCCUCCCCACCCCCGCCACCCCCAGCCGGAGGCUCCGAUCCCUGGACACUUUCAGAGGGUUGUCCCUGGUCAUCAUGGUGUUUGUGAACUACGGAGGAGGGAGGUACUGGUUCUUCAGACACGAGAGCUGGAACGGACUCACAGUUGCUGAUUUGGUCUUUCCCUGGUUUGUGUUCAUCAUGGGCACAUCUAUAUCCCUGUCUGUCAGCUCAGCCCUGCGAUGUGGUUUGUCACGUUUCUCUCUGUUCACCAAGGCAGUUUGGAGGAGUGUUCAGCUCUUCCUCAUAGGACUCCUCAUCAUCAACCCCAACUACUGCCAGGGACCACUAUCAUGGGACUCCCUGCGUAUCCCUGGCGUGCUUCAGCGUCUGGCCUUCUCCUAUCUAGUGGUGGUCUCUCUGGACCUCUGUGUGGCCUGGAACAGCCUGGACAACCUUCCUGUGGAUGCUUGGUGGUACUCUGCUCGUGAGUUCCUGCUCUACUGGCCAGCCUGGCUGUGUGUGGUCGUCUUGGAAACCGUGUGGCUCUGUCUCACCUUCCUGCUCCCUGUUCCUGACUGCCCAAGUGGUUAUUUGGGCCCGGGUGGUAUUGGGGACAUGGGCCAGUACCCAAACUGCACUGGGGGAGCAGCUGGAUAUGUAGACCGUUGGCUACUGGGAGAGAAGCACAUCUAUCAAACACCUUCCUCGCGGGUGAUCUACAAGUCUCACCUGCCCUUUGAUCAGAGGGUCCUUGGCAGCAUCAACUCUGUCCUCAUGGCUUUCCUGGGACUACAGCUGACAGGAAAGAUUCUCCUCCACUACAAGGACCAGCACUCCAGUAUAAUGGCCCGGUUCCUCAUAUGGAGCCUGGUUCUGGGAAUCACAUCAGCCGUUCUGACCAAAUGUUCACUAAAUGAAGGCUUCAUCCCCAUCAACAAGAAUCUAUGGUCUCUCUCCUACGUGACCACCCUGGCGUGUUUUGCCCUGCUGCUCCUGGUGUUGAUCUACUACACAGUAGAUGUGAAGAGGUGGUGGUCUGGGGCGCCCUUCUACUACCCCGGUAUGAACUCCAUCCUGGUGUACGUGGGCCACGAGGUCCUAGAGGAGUACUUCCCGUUUCGCUGGCGCAUGGCCGACAGCCAAUCCCACGCAGAGCACCUGACCCAGAACCUAUUGGCCACUUCCUGCUGGGUCCUCAUCUCCUUCCUGCUGUACCGGAAGAACAUCUUCUGGAAGAUCUAGAGGGCCAGGACGCGUUUCAAAGUGUCUUUCUUCAAGUCCUCUAAAGAUUUAGGGGGAAGGUCUGAAGGGGCCGGGCUGCGUCUCAUAAGUAUUUUCUCAGGUCUUUCUGAAGGAUCUUACUCUCCUCAAUUCCUUGUGUCCUUUAACCAACGAUCCACUCACUGGGAGAUGUUGAGCUGGGCCGUAUCUCAACAGUCUCCUCAAUUCCUUGUGUCCUUUAACCAACGAUCCACUCACUGGGAGAUGUUGAGCUGGGCCGUAUCUCAACAGUCUCCUCAAUUCCUUGUGUCCUUCAACCAACGAUCCACUCACUGGGAGAUGUUGAGCUGGGCCGUAUCUCAAUAGUCUCCUCAAUUCCUUGUGUCUUUGAGGAUCUUUCGUCUGUGUUGCAUUUCACUUGUCUUUCAUCAAUUCCUUGUAUCCUUUCUCCAGCUUCCUUUUUUAAAAAGGGAAUAGUGUAAAGCGUUUCCUCUCCUUGUUUCCUUUCCUCGUGUGCUCUCCUUGCAUGACGCUGAUGUUUUUGAGAAGGGAACAUAAUCACUCAGGAAAAGGCUGGUCUGGGAUUGUAUACAAGAGACACGGAAACUCUAGAAACCACGAUUACCAUUUUUCUGCUCAUCAAAUCAAAUGUUACUAGUCACAUGCGCCGAAUACAACAGGCGUGGUGGACUUUACCGUGAAAUGUUUACGUACGAGCCCGUAACCAAAAAUACAGUUCAAGAAAGUAGAGUUGAUGGAAACAAUGCUACAGGCUCUGGUCUACGCUACACUGUAACUACGGACACACAGGUCAGAGGUCACUGGGAUGUGGGAUCAAACUGGACUUCACAAAAACAAAAACAAAUGGAGCGUACAGCCAAUCCGGUAUGGAAUAGUGUACCAUGGAUAAUACACAUGAGUUUUACGAGCACCUGUUCUCUUGGGACUGAAACAACCAAUGCCAGACAGUUGUACGAGCACCUGUUCUCUUGGGACUGAAACAACCAAUGCCAGACAGUUGUACGAGCACCUGUUCUCUUGGGACUGAAACAACCAAUGCCAGACAGUUGUACGAGCACCUGUUCUAUUGGGACUGAAACUACCAAUGCCAGACAGUUG